GACGUCAGAACACGCUUGCCUGGCGUAAGGGGAACGACGCAGAAAGCGUAGGAUGUAGCAACAGUACGUGGCUAGUAGCGAGCUAGUAGUUACAGUAGGACGUCCGACAAAUACACGAAGAUCGCGAGUGGGAUUUGUUGCGCCACAUGUUCGGGGGCGUGUCUUUCUCUUGGGCCAGACAGAUGUUUAUGUCUGCCAGAUGUGAUGCAUCAGCAGUACAUCAGGAGCUGAAUGGAAGUAGUUGAGGCCUUUUGUGAGUGAGGAGGUUGCGGGUCCCAGGGAUGUACCAUGGGGUACGACAUUACGAGGUUUCAAGGGGAGGUGGAUGAAGACCUGCUGUGCCCCAUAUGUAGUGGAGUGUUGGAGGAACCGGUGCAGGCUCCACACUGUGAGCAUGCCUUCUGCAACGCCUGUAUAACGCAGUGGUUCGCCCAGCAGCAGAUUUGUCCCGUCGACCGCACCGUGGUGACGCUCGCCCACCUGCGGCCCGUGCCCCGCAUCAUGCGCAACAUGCUGUCCAAGCUCCAGAUUGGCUGCGACAACGCAGGCUUCGGCUGCACGGCCACGCUGCGCCUGGACCAGCUGCAGUCGCACCUCAAAGACUGUGAGCACAACCCCAAGAGGCCCGUCAACUGCGAGGAGGGGUGUGGGCUCGAGAUGCCCAAGGACGAACAGCCCAACCACAACUGCAUCAAACAUCUGCGGACGGUCGUUCAGCAGCAACAGACCAAGAUUUCGGAUCUGGAGAAAACUGUGGCGGAGCAUAAACACCAGCUGGGCGAGCAAAAACGAGACAUUCAGCUGCUGAAAGCCUACAUGAGAGCCAUCCGCAGUGCGAACCCCAACCUGCAGAACCUGGAGGAGAGCAUCGAGUACAACGAGAUCCUGGAGUGGGUGAACUCCAUGCAGCCCGCCCGGGUGACGCGCUGGGGCGGCAUGAUCUCCACGCCCGACGCUGUGCUCCAGGCGGUCAUCAAGCGCUCCCUCAUCGACAGCGGCUGCCCCCUCUCGGUGGUGAACGACCUGAUCGAGAACGCCCACGAGCGCAACUGGCCGCAGGGGCUGGCCACGCUCGAGGUGCGGCAGAUGAACCGGCGCUACUACGAGAACUACGUCGCCAAGCGCAUCCCCGGCAAGCAGGCGGUGGUGGUGAUGGCGUGCGAGAAUCAGCACAUGGGGGAGGACAUGAUCCUGGAGCCCGGCCUGGUCAUGAUCUUUGCCCACGGCGUGGAGGAGAUCUUAUAACCCGUUACGGGCCGACGGAGCUGAUCCAGAGACAAGUGGGGAAGAGGGAGGGUUUCUGUUUACUCGUUGAGAGUGAGACCUUCAGAAAUAAAUCUUUGCUUAUUUAAAAUGAAAAUCCAAUAAAGAGGCUCGCUCCCUAAGCUUCAUACCAAUGCCUUAAAGUAAGAACAAAAAACCUAAUGAACCUGGCAAAUAGAAACUUAAAUCUGACUGAUCUCGGUGGGAUGUGAUGUUUACAAGGUUUGUAUUUUAGUGCAUUAUACGAUCUGAUUGUUCUGCUCCGUGUCCUCCGCUAUAAAUCACAAGCUUGAGCCCCACAUUUAAUGUCCCCCGGUUGUAUAAAAUGCUUGUAAAUACAAAUACUAUAUUGAAUUAUAAAUGUCAUUCUCUUAUUCCUCAUUACUGUAAUUAGAUUGUUUUUUUGUUUUUUUUGUUCAUCUGCGUUUCCAUCUGCAGAGACGUCGACCCUGUUUUUGUUUUUUUUGUUUUUUUCGUGCUUGCUUUUUUUAUUUUUAGUAUUUAGAUUUCCUGUGAAUAUUUUACCAGACUUUGUGCUUCUCGGUUUAGAUUGUCCAAAACCUCCUGUGCCAUCUUGUUUUUAUUUAUUGUGUUGCCUUUGACACAGACAUGCUUGAAGAUGUUACCAUUUGACGUAUGGAAAAAAAAAUCUUUUGCCUUUUUCGGUGCAUUUGAAGUAAGUCGCAGGAAGAAGAGUUGGUUUUUGUGUUUAUCUUUGUUGCCUCUGUUGUGUAUAUAUAUAUAUGUAUGUAUAUAUAUAUAUAUAUAUACAAGUACUCUUGUAUGUCGGGUCUAGUUGAAUCGUUAAAUUGAAAGUUUAACAUUUUACGAUAUACCUUUAUGUAUGAUCAGUUUUAUCUGACAAAUCGUGAUGGUUCAACCGAAGUGUUUAAUAGGUUGAUCCUGAAAUAUCGUCAACAUCGAUCUUCUCGUUUAACAUCUGUUCACUGAGAACCACAGCUUGGAGAUUGUAAAGAAGAAAAAAAAACAUUUGUAAAAGCCGCUCUCAUGGCUUUUGAGAAGUAACAUGUUUCACCGUUAGUCACUUUUUUCUUUCUUUUUGUUUUGCUGUAAUAAGACAAACGAAGACUCCAGACGUGUGGUAGAAAAAGCUCAUAGCAGUGCAAACAUAAAGUUGAAAUCGUGCCCUUUUUAUCAUUCUUUUCCCUAUUAAUAAUUUUUGUUCUGUGUCUGUUAUGUACCGUGUUGUACAGACGAGAAAAGUAAUAAAUUGACAAACUUCCAAA